AUGGAGGCUGGGAGAAAUUACAAGGUUGCUCUAAUGGAAAAUAAUAAAUCCAUAUAUUUUGAGCCCGAGAUGUACAUCGUCUCCUCUGAUAACGAAUCAGUUGAACCUAACCCAACAAAAGACUUUGCUAUGAAAGAUGUCAUAACCAUUGAUCCUAGUUGCCUCAAAAUUACUCUCUCACAAAAUACUAUUCAGAGGAAUAGAAGAAAAUGGAGUAACAACCUUAUUGUGAAGCUACUAGGCAAAUCAAUAGGCGCUAAGAUGUUAUGCACAAGG